AGGGAGACAGCAGAACCCUCCAUCACAUCCCGCCAGCUCCAGAAGCCCAGGACUGAGACCAAGGCCACAGCUAUGGCAGGCCCUCGGCACCCAGUGUCAGUACGUGCUGCGGCUCUGGUGGAGACAGAGAAGUUCCAGGUAUGACCCUACAGGUCCCUGCCAACCUCAAGGAGGAAGGAGGGAGGGAGGGAGUUCAUGGUCUAGCCCCUCCCAGGUGCCCCCAGCAUUUUCUCCAACAGACAUUCGCCUUCUCUGUGCGCUGGUCGGACGACAGCAACACCUUCCUGCGCAGGAGCUGGGAUGAGUUCAGGAGGCUCCAUAAGAACCUCAAGGAGACCUUCCCGGUAGAGUCGGGCCUACUGCGGAGAUCUGACCGCGUUCUUCCCAAGCUUCAGGGUCAGGCUGGCAGAGAUCCCCGGACGGGCUGGGGUGGCAGCAGGCGGCCUGGUGGGGGAAGCCCUGGGGGUGGGGUUACAUGGUCCGUCCCUGUUCUGCCCACAGAUGCAUCGCUGCUGGUGCGCGGGGGGCGCACGGGUCGUGGCCUGGUGCGCCUGCAGCUGCUGGAAGCCUAUUUGCGGGCGCUGCUGGCGAUUGAGCGCAUGCCCUGUGACCCGGCUCUCACUAGCUUCUUUGCGCCGCAAACCCGGGACCUAGAGCCCAGGCUGCCACCUGGCAGCCUUGUCAUCUUGCCUGUCCCAGAAGAGCCCGUAGCCAGCCCUGCGCGCAGCCCUUCCAUCCACAGCCUGGAGGCUCAGAGCCUGCAAUGCCUACAGCCCUUCAGCACCCAGGACACACAGGGCCGGCCCUUCCACACACGGGCCCAGGAGGUCCUGGAUGUGCUGCUGCGACACCCCUCAGGCUGGUGGCUGGUGCAGAACGAAGACCAGCAGACGGCGUGGUUUCCUGCUCCCUACCUAGGGGAUGUGGCCCCAGGCCAGGGAGAAGAGGGGGGCCGGCCCCUACGGAGUAGUGGGUUCCAGUUCUGUGCAUCCCGUGCCUAUGAGGGCAGCCGGGCUGACGAGCUGUCAGUGCCUGCUGGAGCGCAUGUGCACGUCCUGGAAAUGUCUGAUCGCGGCUGGUGGCUGUGCAGGUUCGGUGGCCGCACAGGUCUUCUCCCCUCUGUGCUGCUGCAGCCCGAUGGACUGGGCAUGCUCCUGAGUGGACCAGGGCUCCACUGUGGGGCAGAGGACGGAGAGAACAGGCCAGGCAAGGCCCAGAGCUCCCCUGAGCCCAACCAGGCCACAACCAUUCCCCCCACUGUGCCUGCCCGCCCCCCACUGAGUGUCAUUCAGAGUCGCUGCUGUACUAUCACCCGCAGAGCACUGCGGCAGGCCCCAAGGGGUCAGGGACCCCCUUGAGGGUGUGUGGAAUCACACGGAAGGCUGCAC